GCCGAAAGCGGCGGCAUGGAGGGCGCUGCUCCGAAACGCCGCACGUCUGCUGCCCCGGCGGCGGGCGAGGAGGAGGAGCGGCAGGCGCGGGAGCGAAUACUAGCGGCACGGCGCGCGGCCGGGGCGGCGGGCAGCCAGGACGUGACACUGCAGCGCUCCAUCACGCUGCUCAACGGCGUGGCCAUAAUCGUAGGCACCAUCAUCGGUUCGGGAAUCUUCGUGACGCCUACUGGCGUGCUCAAGGAGGCAGGUUCGCCGGGACUGGCUCUCGUGGUGUGGGCCGUGUGCGGCAUCUUCUCCAUUGUGGGCGCGCUCUGCUAUGCCGAGCUGGGGACCACCAUCACCAAGUCAGGCGGCGACUAUGCCUACAUGCUGGAGGUCUACGGCUCGCUGCCCGCCUUCCUCAAGCUCUGGAUCGAGCUGCUCAUCAUCCGGCCCUCCUCGCAGUACAUCGUGGCGCUAGUCUUCGCCACCUACCUGCUCAAGCCGCUCUUCCCCACCUGCCCGGUGCCCGAGGAGGCAGCCAAGCUGGUGGCCUGCCUCUGCGUGCUGCUGCUCACAGCUGUGAACUGCUACAGUGUGAAGGCUGCCACCCGUGUCCAGGAUGCCUUUGCAGCCGCAAAACUGCUUGCACUGGCCUUGAUCAUCCUGCUGGGCUUCGUGCAGAUCGGGAGGGGUGGUGUGUCAAAUCUGGACCCCAAGUUUUCAUUUGAAGGCACCAAUUUGGACGUAGGGAACAUCGUGCUAGCAUUAUACAGCGGCCUCUUUGCAUAUGGAGGAUGGAAUUACUUGAAUUUUGUCACAGAAGAGAUGAUAAAUCCCUACAGAAACCUGCCCCUGGCCAUCAUCAUCUCCCUGCCCAUCGUCACCCUGGUAUACGUGCUCACAAACCUGGCCUACUUCACCACCUUGUCCACGGAGCAGAUGCUGGUAUCUGAGGCCGUGGCUGUGGACUUUGGGAACUACCACCUGGGGGUCAUGGCCUGGAUCAUUCCCGUCUUCGUGGGCCUGUCAUGCUUCGGCUCUGUCAACGGGUCCCUUUUCACGUCCUCAAGGCUCUUCUUUGUAGGGUCCAGGGAGGGCCACCUGCCCUCCAUCCUCUCCAUGAUCCACCCUCGGCACCUGACCCCUCUGCCGUCACUUGUAUUCACGUGCGCCAUGACCCUGCUGUACGCCUUUUCCAAAGACAUCUUCUCCGUCAUCAACUUCUUCAGCUUCUUCAACUGGCUGUGUGUGGCCCUGGCCAUCAUUGGGAUGAUGUGGCUACGUUACAAGAAGCCCGAGCUGGAGCGUCCUAUCAAGGUGAACCUGGCCCUGCCCAUCUUCUUCACCCUGGCCUGCCUCUUCCUCAUUGCUGUCUCCUUCUGGAAAACCCCUGUGGAGUGCGCAAUCGGCUUCGUCAUCAUUCUCAGUGGCCUCCCUGUCUACUUCAUCGGGGUCUGGUGGAAAAACAAGCCCAAGUGGCUCCUCCAGGGCAUCUUUUCCACCACUGUCCUUUGCCAGAAGCUCAUGGAAGUGGUCCCCCAGGAGACAUAGCCACAAGGGCAGAGGUGCUGCAGGAGAGAAAACACACAAAUGUCAUUUCAAACACCCCACCCCCUUGAAAAGCUACUGAGUCCCCAACGCCCAGGCAGUGCAGCUAAGAGCUGCCACCCACAAAACACCCACCACCUCCCCCCUCCAAGCCAGCAGCUGGUGCUGCUGUGAAGAACUGGUACGAAGGAGAUCCCAGAUGACAAGCCAUCAGUGCCCAGGGCACGAGGAGCAGACUGUUGAAUGAGGACAGGCCAGUGCUCUGAUGGUGCAGUGGGUGGGAGGGGGACACACACUAUUUAUUAUGUUGGGUGCUGCUUCCUCCCCACCUUCAUUUAUUUAUAUUAUUUUUUUAACUUAAGUUUUGGGUCAAGUAGAAGCCACUAAGAUGAUUAUUUUUUAAAAAGAAAUGGCCAAAGGCGAGGUGGGAAGAGGAAGAGCCAUCUUGGCCCCAACGCCACCACAGUGCACUGCACUUCUGGAAGGGACCAGGUUCUGGUUCUAGUGCCAGGCCCCCAGGAGGGGAGGAUUCUGAGAACCAAACACUCCAGCCCCAGAACGUUCCAGAACUACUGAAACUUGGACCUUACUUCCUCACAUGCAGACUUGUACUGUAGGGACUGCGGCCAGCCCCCUAUGGGGGCUCAGCUCAGUAUAUGUGUUGUUUUCCUCAUUUUUUAUUGUUAUAAAGGGAGCGACAGUUAGUUAAAACUCACCCCCAGGGCCCCUCUCUUUGCCUUACAGACCUGAGGUAGAGCCAUCACCCUAAAAAAGAAAAAUAUCUGUGAAACACUAGCCCAUCUUAGAGUGCUUGUAGAACAGAAGGUUUGGGUUCUGUCUGACACUAGCCCCAGCACCAUGGAAAGAUCCGGAAGCCACACCUGGUGUUGACUGCAGGCCUGGAGCAGAGGUUACGCUGCCCCCACCUGGGACCCUGUGGACUCUGCACACCCACACCUGGAGCGAAGGCACAGCGCUGCAGAACCGGCAGCCUCCUGGCGCUCUCCACCCGCUCUAAGGGAUCUGCAUCCACGACUGUUUAGACAAAACCCUGCUCUGGGAAUCUUUUAGAGAUGGACGGAGACAGGAAAGGCAGACAAGCUGUGGCCAGGAUCCUAGUGGGCUGCUCAGCCCAGCUCUACAAUGGGACUCCUAGUGGGCAGUGCAGUGUCCCCUCCUGGGGUCCCGCUCUGAAGCACUGGCCACCAUAGCUCCAGCCGACUGCACAGCAGCCCCACUCUGGCCAAGGGGCCAUUCCAUGUGUGCUGGUCACUUGCACAUCUGUCCCGUGUCAAUUCCCAUUGACUGGAGGAAGGCAGCCCAUGUCCCACCUCUGCGCCUGGUGCAAAGGCUGCUCACCUGCAGUCAGGCUCAGCCCCCUCUCUAGAUGAGGCUGCACUGGGGGCCUGGCCAGCGGGUUUGUCCCUGGCAGACUCCUGGCUGUGACAAUGUCCAGGGGACCAAUUUGGAGGGCAAAUGCUCUCUAAGACCAGAUGACCAGAAUUUCAGCAAUAUGCAAAGUAGACUGCAGACCCUGGCUGAGUGUAACUGCUUAGGCUUCUGCCGGUGACACCCCUGGGAGAGCGGGCUGAGCUGCAUCCUCCGACUGCUGCCUAAUGUUGCCAUGUGGGACACAACUGCCUGUCUGGAAGCUGCUGCCCACCUGGACUUGGGGACCACACUGAUGGGCCCAGCACCACCUGGUGAGCAGUGUGAGGAGGGGGCGACGGGAACUGCUUAUCCCACUGCUGAGUCAGCACAAGACACUUCGUAACCCAGCUGCGGUUAAUACCAGUCCUUCUGCUGCCGGCUGAGACCCAUGUGCUGGAGGGAGUCGAAGGACCUGCUACCGAUGGUAGCCAGGUCCCCCACGAGGCCCUUUGCUUGGCCCCAGCGGCUCAGCCCCCCUAGUGGCCCCUCACUGGGCUUGCUGGACAUGUUUGCAAACCACCCAACCUGGAUCCCAUCCCUUCAUACACAGGUGGGCAAAGCGAAGCCCAGAUAUCAGAGAGCAUGCGUCCCAGUUUAAUGAGUGAGAACCCGGCUGGCAGCCCCCCGCACUGUGCAGAGUACCCGCCGUUGAGAAGGGUGGCUGGAGGGCUCUGAGCACGGGGUACUCACCAAAACUCCAGAGGCAGCAGUUAACCCCUCCUUCCCAGCCACGGGCACCCCGCCAGGGUUGCCUUUCUGAACCAAGGCAGUAGCAGGUGGACUGGCCUGAGAGGACCCAGGCAUCCUCUGAAGUCUGCUGGCUGUGCGGCUCUUCCUGGCCUCUGGGCCUGGGUCCCCAUUCUGGAAGGUGGGGUUUGCUGGGGCGGGGGGAUGUUUUCCAUGGUGCUGAAUCAAGCCCUUGGCCCUUGACUCCCCCACCUCUGACGAGCUGGGACCCUGGGGGAGGGGGAGGCCAGGCCAUGGAGGCUGCUGAGACUACUUUUUCUGACCUCUACUGACAUGUGUCCCGAGGGUUCACGUUCGUGGGUUUUAAGUAUUUUUUGUUAAAAGAAGCAAAGCCUGGUGUAACAAGCAGCUGUCCAGCGUGUUGCUGUAUUCUUUUGCCCUAACAUCUCACUAAUUUAAAGCUGCCACAGCACACCACGUUAUUUAUUCCCACAGUCAGUGCUGGUCUCCUGUCCCUGAGAGGUGUGCCCUGUGUUUGCAUUCCCGCCUGUUUCCAGCUUGGUCGUGCCCACCACAUGUCGUGGACUGACCAGAACGUGACGUUCUUUUGCCGUGUUAAUGACGUGUGUGGCUGCAGUGUGUCUUCAUUCUUGUGUUAAUGGCUAACCUAUCUGUUACACUGGUUUGGGGUGGAGGGUUCUGGUUUGGUUUGGUUUUUUUGUGCGUGGGCGUUUUUUGUUUUUAAAGAAAAUAUGAAUUACAAGUCU